AAGAACCAAUGACAUCAAGCUUCUCCCUCACAGGAGAGAGAAGGGUGCUCCUGGUAACACAACAGCCUUUUGUCUCACAGGAGAACACAGGCUUGAGCCCUUGUUCACAGGAUGGAUUCAUUCUUUUCUGUUAUUGGCUCCUAUGUGGAUUGGGAUAUCAGAGGUCUACUGCUCUUUGCGGCAGUUUUCCUCCUAACUGCAGAUUAUGUUAAGAACCGUCGGUCGGCCGGAUUCCCUCCAGGACCAUUUCCUUUACCUAUUGUGGGCAACAUGUUCUCUGUGAACUACAGCAGGACCCACGAGAGUCUGACACAGUUAGCAGAGAAAUAUGGAGAUGUGUUCAGCCUGCGAAUGGGCCAGGUGUGGAUGGUGGUGUUAAACAGGUUUGAUGUUCUGAAAGAAGCUCUGGUAAAUCAGGGAGACAGUCUGGUCGACCGCCCAGAUUCACCUCUGCAGCUGGAAAUAUCCCAUGGACUAGGUGUGAUUUUCAGUAAUGGGACCCUUUGGAAGCAGCAGAGACGUUUUGCACUUUCAACCCUCAGAUAUUUUGGAUUUGGCAAGAAGUCACUUGAACCUAUCAUCUUGGAUGAAUUCAGACACUGUGCAAAAGAAAUCGAUGGCUUUCAGGGUAAGCCAUUCGCUCCACACCUCAUCAUUAACAACGUUGUCAGCAACAUCAUCUGCUCCCUGGUUUUUGGUCAUCGCUUUGAAUACAGCAAUGAGAAGUUCAAGAAACUGAUGGCGUGGUUUGAGCAAUCUCUUCAGAUUGAAGCCUCUGUUUGGUCACAGCUUUACGACUCAUUCCCUCUGCUGAUGAAGUGUCUGCCAGGGCCACAUCAGACAGUAAAGCAGAUCUGGAGAGAUACAAAGGACUUUGUAAGAGCAGAACUUAAAGACCACAAAAAAAACUGGGAUGCAUCCGACCCAAGAGACUACAUCGACUGCUUCCUGAGUGAGAUGGGAGAGACUAAGGGGCAGGCUGACAGUUCUUUUGAUGAAGAAAACCUGAUUAUGUGUGUCAUUGAUCUGUUUGUGGCUGGCUCUGAGACCACAUCCACCACCCUGCGCUGGGCUUUCCUCUACAUGGCAAAGUACCCUGAGAUCCAGGAAAAGGUCCAGGCUGAGAUAGACAGAGUGAUUGGACAGUCCAGACAGCUGUCGAUGGAAGAUCGUGCCAAACUGCCCUACACUGACGCUGUCCUCCACGAGGUCCAGAGGAUAGGAAACAUAGUUCCUCUUAGCCUGCCUCAUAUUACCAGCAAGGAAAUGCAGCUGGCAGGCUACACAAUCCCAAAGGGAAUAACAGUAAUUCCCAAUCUGACUUCGGUGCUGUUUGACAAGAAUGAGUGGGAGACACCCUCCACCUUCAACCCAGGACAUUUUCUGGACAAGGAGGGCAAGUUUGUAAAACGAGCUGCUUUCAUCCCCUUCUCUGCUGGCAAGCGGCUGUGUCUCGGGGAGAACCUGGCCAAAAUGGAGCUUUUUCUCUUCUUCACGUCCUUCAUGCAGCACUUCACCUUCUCCAUGCCUGCUGGGAAGAAGCCUGUAUUGGACUUCCGCUUUGGCGUCACUUUGGCACCGAAUAAAUAUGAAAUCUGUGCAACCUCACGCUAACAGGCAUUUUUUCCCCCUGUUGCCCCCACUUAUGAUUAUGUUCCAGGGUUUAGAGAAUAUAAAAAUUAAUCUUUGGUUUUAAGGAAAGAUCACAUUGCAUAGGGUCCACUAGUGAUAUCUCUGUGAGGCUUUAAAACUGUGAAAAACUUUGUUUCUUUCCACUUUUUGUUUUGUUUUGUUUGUGUGAUCUUUCCAAAUGGGAUUGAAAUUAUUGUUGUGUCAUGAUAAAAAAUUACGAUGAUAAGAAAUUCUCAUUGCAUGAAUCCAAUAGUAAUGAAGUCAUUUCAGACUACUGACUGUGCAACCUCCAUUAUUCGAAGAUUUCUGUUGCUGUCUUUAAUA